UGAUACUCUUCAAGUCAGUUUACCCGCGCGGCUUAUCUCUUUAAUAACAAGGAUAUUCCUGUUUGAGUGUGUAUGUGUGCGCGUGCAGAUGUGAUGAUCUUAAAGUUUCAAUAUUGCGUCAGCACAAUAAUGUCAACGCGAUGUCUGAAGUCUGUGUAGGAAACGCUGUGCUGAAGAAAUACGAGAGCAUCACAACUACAGCUUCGUGGACCACGGGCGUGAUCAAAUGUGUAGUGCCAGGGUAGUAACUAGUGUAGGGCUAAUGACCAGGUAAUAUAAGGUAUCCGAAACCUAUCACGAGUAUCACAAAUAUUUUCUAUAUGGAAUCCAAAAUAAUCUGGAAAACAUCACCUAUACUCUUGGUCAGUGCAUCCAAUAUAUAUAUAUAUAUAUAUAUAUAUAUAUAUAUAUAUUUUUGUGUAUAUUCGCAAAGACAUUUUUAUAAUCAAUUUUUAUUGGGGCGUAGAUCCUUCCGUAAUUGUUUGAAAUAUAAUCCAUUUAUAUUGGGGAUCUAGGUCAUUCCGUAAUUGUUUUAAAAAACAAAAAACGAACGAAAUGAAACAGAAUGACCGCCUGAGAAUCUCCUCAUUGCUCCAAUCACUAUUUCAGAUAUUACUCAAUUUUUUGAAUUUUUUUUUUUUUUAAAUUGUACAAUUUCUUAACAAUUCCUUAUAAGUUGAAUAUUUUUAAUCCUUUUAUACAAUAUGAACAUGAAAAUUUGUUGAUAUUUUUUUUCAUUUCCUCAAAAAAAAAAAAAAAAAAAAAAACACCGUUAUAUCAAACAACACUGACAGUAUCAACUUUGACAUUUUAACCUUUCAAUGCCGUACCUGGUGUCAGGAUGUGCUUGAGACAUAUGCCAUUAUCAUCAUUAGAUGCAUACACAAAUUGCUGGUGUCAGGAUGUGUUUGAGGCAUAUGCCAUUAUUAUCAUUAGAUGCAUACACAAAUAGCUGGUGUCAGGAUGUGAAUGAGGCAUAUGCCAUUAUUAUCAUUAGAUGCAUACACAAAUAGCUGGUGUCAGGAUGUGCUUGAGGCAUAUACCAUUAUUAUCAUUAGAUGCAUACACAAAUAGCUGGUGUCAGGAUGUGAAUGAGGCAUAUGCCAUUAUCAUCACUAGAGACACGCUCAGACUCCCGUUCCUGGCCACGGUCUCUUAACGUUGUUGUUGGUUUAAAGCAACAAUGGUUUCAGCGUCACGAGUUCAUGCAAGUUUCUUAUUCUGUGCCAUUCAUCUCCUGGCAGCCUUUGUAUCUGUCCGUGUUCGAUGAUGUCUGUGCUUCUUUCUUGAACCUAAUAACUUAUUUUAAAAAAAUAUUUUAAAAACCAUUUUAAGAUUUAAAUUAUAACGAUUCCUCUGUUAAAAAAAUAAUAAAAACAAUUUUUAAAAGUUUACUGAAGUGAUGUCACAAUAUAUAAUAUAUGUGACAGCGGUCUUAUCCCGCACCCCCCUACCCCUUAUUCCAACCCAAUAUUUCUUGAUCUGUUUCCUGUGCUCUGUUCCAUGUGAUAUUUUCAUUUGUCCUGUGCGCCGAGGAAGCCUCUACGCCGAAACGUUCCAAUCUUAUUGGCCUGUCCUUGAAUUCAAGCCUCCACAGACCCCGUUCUGCUAUUUCAUUCAAAGUCAUAAACGUUGUCACAUCAAACAUCCGACCCCUUUACACAGCGCGCAAUUGUUAAUAAGAUAGGAUAAUGCAAGAUAAGAUAGUGCAAGAUAAGAUAAGAUAAUACAAGAUAAGAUAAGAUUCUUUAUUUAUCCAAAGAAAUGGAAUUUUUAAAAAUUACAUUUUACAUAUUCAAUUUCAGCUUCAUAUAUUAAUACACUUAUUAAAAAAAAAGACAGCAUUUUACAAUGAUAACAACUAAAACACAAGACAUCUAAAGUAUUUCUCUAGCGUAGAAAUAAGCCACAAAGAAAAUCCUAUAGUAAAGUGACAGUAAUGACUUAAUUAGUGACCAUUUAGAAUUGGUGGCCGGCGCGGGAGGGGGGGGGAGGGGGUGUACUGUGGUAAAUUCGUUCAGACUGGUGGAAAAGAAAUGCAUAACUAUCGGUCCUAAACUUAAGAAAAAGAAUGCGUACUGAUCAAACUGAUCUCAGGUAUCUGUGAUGAAGUGGGUGGUAUGUGAUCUGAGGUUUCUGUGAUGAAGUGGGUUGUAUGUGAUAUAAGGUCUCUGCGAUGAAGUGGGUUGUAUGUGAUCUUAGGUCUCUGUGAUGAAGUGGGUUGUAUGUGAUCUUAGGUAUCUGUGAUGAAGUGGGUCUUAUGUCAUCUUAGGUCUCUUUGAUGAAGUGGGUUGUAUGUGAUCUUAGAUCUCUGUGAUGAAGUGGGUUGUAUGUGAUCUUAGGUGUCUGUGAUGAAGUGGGUGGUAUGUGAUCUUGGGUCUCUGUGAUGAAGUGAGUUGUAUGUGAUCUUAGGUCUCUGUGAUGAAGUGGGUUGUAUGUGAUCUUAGGUCUCUGUGAUGAAGUGGGUUGUAUGUGAUCUUAGGUCUCUGUGAUGAAGUGGGUUGUAUGUGAUCUUAGGUCUCUGUGAUGAAGUGAGUUGUAUGUGAUCUUAGGUCUCUGUGAUGAAGUGGGUGGUAUGUGAUCUUAGGUCUCUGUGAUGAAGUGGGUGGUAUGUGAUCUUAGGUCUCUGUGAUGAAGUGAGUAUCUAUGAUGAAGUGGGUGGUAUGUGAUCUUAGAUCUCUGUGAUCUCUGUGAUGAAGUGGGUUGUAUGUGAUCUUAGGUCUCUGUGAUGAAGUGGGUGGUAUGUGAUCUUAGAUCUCUGUGAUGAAGUGGGUUGUAUGUGAUCUUAGGUGUCUGUGAUGAAGUGGGUGGUAUGUGAUCUUGGGUCUCUGUGAUGAAGUGGGUUGUAUGUGAUCUUAGGUCUCUGUGAUGAAGUGGGUUAUAUGUGAUCUUAGGUCUCUGCGAUGAAGUGGGUUGUAUGUGAUCUUAGGUCUCUGCGAUGAAGUGAGUUGUAUGUGAUCUUAGGUCUCUGUGAUGAAGUGGGUGGUAUGUGAUCUUAGGUAUCUGUGAUGAAGUUGGUGGUAUGUGAUCUUAGAUCUCUGUGAUGAAGUGGGUUGUAUGUGAUCUUAGGUCUCUGUGAUGAAGUGGGUUGUAUGUGAUCUUAGAUCUCUGUGAUGAAGUGGGUUGUAUGUGAUCUUAGGUCUCUGUGAUGAAGUGGGUUGUAUGUGAUCUUAGAUCUCUGUGUUGAAGUGGGUUGUAUGUGAUCUUAGGUGUCUGUGAUGAAGUGGGUGGUAUGUGAUCUUGGGUCUCUGUGAUGAAGUGGGUUGUAUGUGAUCUUAGGUGUCUGUGAUGAAGUGGGUUGUAUGUGAUCUAAGGUCUCUGCGAUGAAGUGGGUUGCAUGUGAUCUUAGGUCUCUGCGAUGAAGUGGGUUGUAUGUGAUCUUAGGUCUCUGUGAUGAAGUGGGUUGUAUGUGAUCUUAGGUCUCUGUGAUGAAGUGGGUUGUAUGUGAUCUUAGGUAUCUGUGAUGAAGUGGGUCUUAUGUGAUCUUAGGUCUCUUUGAUGAAGUGGGUGGUAUGUGAUCUUAGGUCUCUGUGAUGAAGUGGGUUGUAUGUGAUCUUAGGUCUCUGUGAUGAAGUGGGUUGUAUGUGAUCUUAGGUCUCUGUGAUGAAGUGGGUUGUAUGUGAUAUGAUGUUUCUGUGAUGAAGUGGGUUGUAUGUGAUCUUAGGUCUCUGUGAUGAAGUGGGUUGUAUGUGAUCUUAGGUCUCUGUGAUGAAGUGGCUGGUAUGUGAUCUCAGUUAUCUGCGAUGAAGUGGGUUGUAUGUAAUCUUAGAUCUCACAUCCGGGCCCGCGACGUCAUUUUAUCCGGCCCGCGAAGGGCAACAGUGAUUUUGGAGUCACGGAUGAGUUGUUUCAUUGACAUAGUGUGCAUGCAACAACCUGGCAGAGAGCUUGUCACCGAGAGCGCAGCACCUCAUUUAUGAUGAGAUAAAUCAAUGGCUCAGUGUUAUUUCAAUUUGACAAAUCUAAAGUACAUGACAACAGAUGGUGAUAAAACAGGAGCGGGUGAAGGGCAAGGCUAAUCUAGGCAAAUGUACAAGGGCCUUGAAAUGUGUUGGCUGUUCCAAGCCUAGGGUUCUUUAUUGGAUUAUUCAACUCGCACUGAGGGGAAAUAUUUGGAACCAUAUUCACUACUGUCAGGUGACUCAGGUAUGUGGCACACUUAUGUCAGUUGGAUCAUUUGAGUGACACACUUCUGUCGGUUGGAUCAGUUGUGUGACACACUUCUGUCACGGUGGAUCAGUUGUGUGACACACGUCUGUCACGGUGGAUCAGUUGAGUGACACACUUUAAUCAGGUGGAUCAGUUGAGUGACACACUUCUGUCUAGAUUGAUCAGGUUUGUGAUACACUCCUGUCAGGUGGAUCAGGCUUGUGAUACACUUCUGUCAUGUGGAUCAGGUUUGUGAUACACUUCUGUCACGGUGGAUCAGGUUUGUGAUACACUUCUUUCAGGUGGAUCAGGUUUGUGACACACUUCUGUCACGGUGGAUCAGGUUUGUGACACACUUCUGUAACAUUGGAUCAGGUUUGUGAUACACUUCUGUCAGGUGGAUCAGGUUUGUGAUACACUUCUUUCAGGUGGAUCAGGUUUGUGACACACUUCUGUCACGGUGGAUCAGGUUUGUGACACACUUCUGUAACAGUGGAUCAGGUUUGUGACACACUUCUGUCAGGUGGAUCAGGUUUAUGAUACACUUCUUUCAGGUGGAUCAGGUUUGUGAUACACUUCUGUCACGAUUGAUCAGGUUUGUGAUACACUUCUGUCACGGUGGAUCAAGUUUGUGACACACUUCUGUCAGGUGGAUCAGGUUUAUGAUACACUUCUGUCAGGUGGAUCAGGUUUGUGACACACUUCUUUCAGGUGGAUCAGGUUUGUGACACACUUCUGUCAGGUGGAUCAGGUUUGUGACACACUUUUCUGUCAGGUGGAUCAGGUUUGUGACACACUUUUCUGUCAGGUGGAUCAGGUUUGUGAUACACUUCUGUCAGGUGGAUCAGGUUUGUGACACACUUUUCUGUCAGGUGGAUCAGGUUUGUGACACACUUCUGUCAGGUGAAUCAGGUUUGUGAUACACUUCUGUCCCGCUUGAUCAGGUUUGUGAUACACUUAUGUCACGGUGGAUCAGGUUUGUGAUACACUUCUGUCACGGUGGAUCAGGUUUGUGAUACACUUCUGUCACGGUGGAUCAGGUUUGUGAUACACUUCUGUCACGAUUGAUCAGGUUUGCGAUACACUACUGUCACGGUGGAUCAGGUUUGUGAUACACUUCUGUCACGGUAGAUCAGGUUUGUGACACACUUCUGUCAGGUGGAUCAGGUUUGUGACACACUUCUGUCAGGUAGUCUAGCAUCGAAUCUAAAAACACAACACGUAUAGUCUAGCAUCGAAAUUAUCUGAGGUAUACAAUAAAAUCAUGAAAUGUAUAAGACGUAUUCAACCCCUGGUCCGUGGGCCACAUUCGGCCCCCCCCCCCUUUUUUUACCUGAAUUUCCUGCCGGUCUGCGACAAAAUUUAUUACAUCUAAACUCAAGAUUAGCCAGGAUAAUUGUACCAGAGCUUUCUAUGAUGAAACCAUUUUAGACCUCCCAAAGAAUUAUUCUAAUUUCUUGUAUUCAGAGAAUUUUGGUAAAGCGACUUUUAGAUAGAGAAAACUUUUCAAUUUUUUGAAGACACAAAAAAUGUCUAAAAUUUCGGCGUCCGCGGAAAAUUCUCUUCGCCAUAUAAGUCAUUAUUUAAAAUGAUUUUAUCAUAAUUACUGGGAAUCGAUAAUCGUGGUUUAAUAAGGUGUUCUCUGGGCGAAAGUCCCUUCAUGGAAAGUGUGCACUCAAGCCUUCUUAUAAUCCUCGCAAACUUUUUACCACAAAAUGGGGUUUGUAAUUUCUAAGACCAUAAGAAAACGUCACGUGGCAUUACGUAAUUUUACUAUUUUUAGGCAAUGUUUUCGUAAAUUAUAGUUUCUUAACAUGUAUUUCCGCUUAAACAUAGCAGUGACAGUAUUUAUUUAGCAAAGUGUACGUAAUAUAAUGUUGUGAGCACGUUCCUGCCUAGGUUAAGGCUGACGUCAAAGUAGAAUUACCGAACAGCUGUUGAGAUAUUGGCCAAACGGAGUACCAGGAUAUUUUAUUAAUAUUUUAAUGAGAUUGGCCAGACUUAAUGCCCGGAUGUUCAAUUAAUAGAUUUCCGCCAUUAAAUGAAAACCUUACAGAGUUACAUUUCUGAACUAAUCUGGCGCGCAUGGACAUCUGCCUCCCCCCCCCCCCCCCCCCCCCCCGCCCCAAAGGCACACCCCCCUCUUUUUCAUUUCUACUGCUUCACUGAUCAACCUUGUUGGUGAUUUCUUAAACUCAUAUUUCUACAUUUAUUUAAUGAAAACAACAACAACAACAAAAAACAAACAACAAAGAACAUUGGAAAAGGAUACUUUGUCAGGCGUGACAAGGUUUAUAGACAAAACAAGUAGGGGGUAUUUGGCUGAACCCUGCAAGGUUUCUAAUGGGUCUUAGUCAUGUCACAGCCAAUGUCAUGUCACGACUCAUGUCAUGUCAAAAAAACCCAUGUCAUGCCAAGACUUAUGUCAUGUCACGACUCAUGUCACGACAAUACUCAUGUCAUGGCUAGACUCAUGUCAUGGCUAGACUCAUCUCAUGGCUAGACUCAUGUCAUGUCGCGACUCAUGUCAUGUCGUGACUCAUGUUCUGGUUCUGUUCUGUUUCUGGUAAUGUUUCGUUGCUGCAUCCAUGCACUGACAUUUUUUGCAACGGUUGAGGGUAUGAUGUUGCUAUUCUAAUAGCUCCUGACUGAUGCGAGGGCAGCCUUGAAGCUUUCGACUGAUGUCGAGUUCACAGUUGCAUCGUUCAGGUUGUUCCAUGCUAUUAUUGUUCGUGGAAAGAAAGAUUGUUGAUACUGCAACUGUGUUGCACUGAGGCACUUUGAAGCAUUUGCUAUUGUUUCUGGUGUAAUUAUUUAUGGGAAUGUCAGUGGUGAAAUCAGUGACCAGAAAGCGUUUUGCUCUGAUCAGUCUACCCAGCUUCUGUGGGGUGAGGUAUGUGCCUGUUGGGAUGGCCGGCACCAGUCCCAUGAUCACUUUAUAUAAGAAUGUCAGGCGGAGUCCCUCUUGUCUGUCUUUAAGGAGGGGGGGGGGGAAUGUCAAAUCUUUUUAAGCGGCCCGUGACGAAGCCAGGAGUGGUGGAUUUGUAGUCGCGAGAUAUAAAACGCACCGCGUUUCGUUGAAUUCGCUCCAUCGUGUCCACGUCUUGCUUAAGGUGUGGGUACCAGAUGAUCGCACCAUAUUCCCGUAGUGGACGGACGAGUGUGAGAUAGGCAUUCCGUUUGCAGGAAGUUGGGCAGUGGCGCAAAUUUCUUCGGAUGAAACCAAGGGUGGAGUUGACUUUUAAAAAAAAAAAAUUUUAUAUGUCAUGUCACGACUCAUGUCAUGUCACAACCCAUGUUAUGUCGCGACCCAUAUCAUGUCGCGACUUAUGUCCUUUUCAAGAAUGACAAAACGUAUUUCUAUUCUCCAGUCCACGGAGUCGUUUCCAGGCUGCUGUUUCUAUCCUUCACAUUAUUGUCCACACUUCUCCUAUGCGCACUAAGUAGAUACAACGUUAUUGCCUAGUGUAACAAAAGUGUAAUCUUAAGCAGAGUACAAUAUUUAAAAAUGUUAAUAUAUAUAUAUUUUUUUUUUAAAUUUAUGAUAGCACUUAACAAUACUUUAAUACUCCAGCGCUUCUCAAUGAGCUGGAUCUCGGACCGCAGCUGCUUAUCGAGCCCCAACAGCCGUCAAUUCGCACACAAAAAUAAUGACCACUUUAAUGAAGAUCGAAGACUUUUCAAAUAAUAAAAGAAGUCGCUCACUCGUUUCAGCUGCGAUAGGGAUAAGUAACUGCCUGCCGGUACCGUCGGGCCAAAAGUUUGGGAAGCGCUGCACGACGUUUUAAUUGCUUUAUUGGACAGGAAGCAAUGCACUUCUUAGUUUCUUGAUCCGACUCGAGUGGCGGCUGAAUGAAGGUCAGGUGCACUGACGAUGACGUCAAUUCUCGUAAUGACAUCUCUUAAUGUUGCGCAGAAAAAUAAAAGACAAAAAAAAGAGGAGUGGGGAUUGAGCAGUGGCGGCCCCCCCAAAAAAGUGAACUUUUAAUAUAUUAUAUGUGUGUGCGUGUAAUGUCUAACAGCACCAGUAUUGACUUUAAAAUGAACAGUUUGUACCUGGCCAUGUUCCAGAAUGUCGCAGUGGCUCAAUUUCGGCCUACUCGUAGCGUAUCUGGCGUCGGUGGGGACCUGCCGGGCCCAUUCCUUCUGUCACUACGCCUGUGAUGUGCCGCAGCAACAAACCGAGGAGGUCAGCCAGUUGUUCCAGGUCAUGUGCGGGUGCCUGAACGGUAUGUACGCCCCCCUAAUGUUUCACUUUUUCCACCCCCAAUUUUUUUUUUUUUUUUAAAACUCGCACCUUAUAAAGGGACUUCGCGCAUCCACACAGAAUUCACCCAGGCCCAGUUUAACCGUUAGGCGAACUAGGCGGCAUAAUUAUGUGCGGGUGCCUGAACGGUAUGUGCGCCCCCCUAAUGUUUCACUUUUUCCACCCCCAAUUUUUUUUUUUUUUUAAAACUCGCACCUUAUAAAGGGACUUCGCGCAUCCACACAGAAUUCACCCAGGCCCGGUUUAACCGUUAGGCGAACUAGGCGGCAUAAUUAAUUUGUUGCCAUGGGCGUGGGGGGCGCAGUGUGACAGGUUCGCCUAGGGUGCCAAAUACUCUGGCGCCGGCCCUGACUACACCCACCUGGUUAUUUUAUUUGAAAUUAUCGCUUUUUAAAUCAUUCAUAUUAAACCUCGCUUUUGCGUGUUUAGGGCAAAAUCUUUGGACGGCUAAUUGACCCAUUUCCCGUUAACCUAACGAGCUGAAAAUUCGCACAUAGGCUCCUUGUCAAUAACAACACACUCUUUUAAAUUUUCAGCCCAAAACUCAAAGCCCCCACCCCCAAAAAUAAGUUUUUCCUGUUUUUCAAGGAAGGUGGGGGAAAUAUGAUGACACUGAUUACAUGAAAUAAAAUGCCUGAUAGCUGCGUAUUAGAGAUUAUUUUUAAAACAUAUAUCGCAAGUGCGUUUGGUGCGUAAUAUUUUAUUUUGUUUUUCUGAAAUAGUUGGUGACAUAAAUAUACGGUGUAAAAGAGGAUGGAAAUUUAGAAUAUUAAGAUUAAAUACAAUAAUUUUAAAAAUGCAUAGAAAGUGUUUUACAAAAAAAUUGGUUUUAAGGGUUGUUUAAAUUUAAAAAAAAAUAGUUAUAAAUAGAGAUAACGCCUGCUAGGUCGGGAAAUAUGUCUACGAUAAUUCAAUGGGUUGACAUUGUCCGCCAUUUUGAAACGAUCUUCGCGGUGAUUUAAGAAAAAGGAAAAUCAAAGUUUGAUUUUUUAAAUAUUCCAUUUUUUUUUGUAAUGCAUGAUUCCACACAAGAUAGACUAGAUACACAAGAUAGACUAGAUACACAAGAUAGACUCGAUACAUUAUUUAAAAAUUUUACCAGUCACAAACAUUAGAGUUAAGUCAAUGAAUAAUAUUAUUUUUUUUAAACACAAACAUUUUUGGUUCACAAAAAUUAAACACACUUCAAAAAAAAUAAAUUAAAAAAAAGAAAAUACAUAUAUGUAUUUUUUUUCUCCAGAAAAUAUGCCCCCCAAGUAUGACCUAUUAUUAGACAUGGGGCCUGAUGACAAGUACCUGAGUGUCCAGCCCUUCGCCGCCACAACACAGAAACCGCCGCCGAGCACGACAGACAUCUGUGACUUGCUGUGCUCCAUCCAGAUCGGCGGUGACGCGUGCCUAUGCGGCAACCCCAGCCUACCCGGAAAGUGAGCUGGGCCGUGGCAGUAAUACGUUCACUUGUUCAAGAAGAGUGGGGUAUCUCGCUGGUAGCAGAGAUAUCUCUGCAUUUCUGAAGUGCUAGGAAGAUAGUUUUUAAAAAAAAGACGAAAAAACUGUGAGCAAAUGACAAUAAAAUCUCUGUAUAUAUCACGUGAUAACUUCAGCUUAUAAUUUUACAGUUAUUAUUUCAGUUCACUUCAAGAAUGUUGCAAUUUUUAUUUUGGUUUGGAAUCUAUUGAAAUAAACUAGAAUAGAUGGAGGGCCUU